AUGGAAAAACUAUUCAGAAACCAGAAGCUGAAUGCUAGUGUGAGAACUGUGAGGUGGGGUGAGGAGAUCCUGUUUUACGCAAAAGACGUGGCAGAAUCUCUAGGGUACUCAAACGCAAAGAAGGCCACCCAAGUUAAUGUAUGGAAAAAAAAUAAGGUAACACUUAAGGAACUCGAGGGUGGGACCCUCGAGGGUCCCACCUUCAACUACCAGCCAAACUGUGUUUUCCUAAGGGAACAGGGUCUAUACCAACUGAUAUUCAAAUCCAGACUUCCAAUAGCAGAGGCCUUCCAAGACUGGGUAGUAACAGACGUCCUCCCAUCUAUCCGCAAAACAGGCUCGUAUGAAUUACCAGAUAGAAGGUCACUCAGAUAUAACCAAAUAAUCCUUAUAAAUGAAACGGACCUUCAUCACGCAGUUGUGAGUUACAUUAGGGAUAACUACCCAGAGGCUGUAAUUAUACCUGGUCUAGGUGAGUACCAGGAUACUAUGUCAAAGAGAUGUGACGCCUGGAAGAAGGGAUAUAAAGGUGGUCAGCCAGAUCUUAUCAUAGAGAAUCCUAUGGGGAAGUACAAAGGAUUUGCCAUUGAAUUCAAGUCUCCUAAGGGCACUGGGGUUGUGAGUGAGAAGCAGGUAGUAUGGUUUCGUAAGCUUAUGGAAAUAGGGUAUAUGGUAAUGAUAUCCGACGACUUGAUAAAAACUUGUAUUAGAAUUAAUGAGUACUUUUCACUUAAGAAAACUGUGA